AUGGAGAGUGGCAGCAGCAAAGCGGCGUCGAGCGAGGCCGAGGAGGCGGUCGUGAGACCCCACAGUCCGGCGGUGGCUGCAGCUCAGCACGGCGACGUCGACGACGCGGCAGCCGUGUCGGCCCCUAGCGCCCGGCCGUACUACGGGUGCGUGUUCUGCAAGCGCGGGUUCACUACGGCGCAGGCGCUGGGCGGGCACAUGAACGUCCACCGCCGCGACCGCGCCAAGCCCGUCCGCCUCCCGGCAGAGUGCAACCUGGCGUAUCCCCCAGCGCCGCCGGUGAGCAGCGGCGGCUUCUCCAUGUUGAACUACGCCCGGCACAACGGCGCCGGAGUGAAAGCGGAGGCCGUCAGCCCUGGUAGCCCUGUCCCGAGGGAGCUGAGCCUGUUUGGUGCGGACGACGGCACUCAUGAUCAUGACUUGCAACUGGGCCUUCGGUGCCAUGGGAGCGGCGACGGCGACCUGCAGUCACGCGCGCCGGAAGGGCCUUCGGAGUGGUGUCAGGGCGGUGAGCUGCCGGAGAGGAAGCUGGACUUGGAGCUCAGGCUAGGGCCUCGUCCCAGGAACUGA